AUGACGCCCAGCGUUGUCUCCCCAAUUCAUGACAUCCUGCAGCACCUGGCGACCAAGCACCAGCAGUACUUGUGCAUUCAACAUUCUCAGGCGGCGACACCGACGAGGAUGGCGGAGGCGGCGGCAGCACUACCGUGCGGCUGUAGCUCACAAGGUAUGCCGGACCAGCCAGCAGACUGUUGCGAAUGCUGUUGCGGUCCCACCGCACCGCCGCCAGCGCAGCACCGCCAGCGUGCGCCUGGUCUCAGCGCCAUCUUGGCGCUGACGCAGCUGCAGUCUUUGGGGCUGUACGGCGUUCAUGUUGGCGCGCCUGCAUUGGACGGUCACAUGGCCACGGGGGGCAGCGGGGGAAAGGCAAAGGCGGCGACGCCGGCGACGUGCGCAGCUCGCGGCACUGCGGAAGCAGAGGCCGGUGGGGAAUUGGCAAAGCUGGCCCAGGCGCGGGGACAGUUUGGCAGCAGCAAUUCCCUCCGCAAUCAAGCGACGGAGCCUGGACGUGGGACGUUGGCAGCCGCGCGCGGUAUCAGCGGCGUCGAGGACGGCAAUCCCGGUGGCGGCUGCCACGGUAAUCCCGGCGGUGACAUUCGGGACGGGGGCGACGACCACGCCUAUGGCAAUGACGAUGGCAACACCAUUCGCAGAAGCAGCAGCGGCAGCAAUGGCGAGGGCGUUUUUGUAGGCGCCCGGCUCCGCAACAGCUUCGGGGCCGGUGGCCACAGCGUUGGCGUCGCUGAAGACGCGGAAGCGGCUGUGUCCCAUUUGCGGCUGCGUUUGUGCUGUGGCGACAUGGGCAGCGCCUUUUUCCCCACCCCCGUGCUGCUGCAGGCCGCACGCAACGCGCUGCCCCGCCUGCGGCGCUUCGGUUUCCGGGUGUUGUCCAGCUGGCAACCCGUCCCACACACGCUGUGCAAUUGGGUCGCGGCAGACCCACGGGUCCCUGGAAGAUUAUCCUGCAUCCGCGGCGCUCCGAUGCAGCCCGACCAAAGCAUCUUCAUUUGGCAGGAUUUCGAUUGGCACCUUUGGGAGUGCUGCGGUGGUGGUGGGCAUGCGGCACCGCCGUGUGUGCCGGCACAGUCCCAGUCUGGGGCGCCAACGGUGCUGUUGAUGGUGGACCCCUCAGAGCUUGGCGAGCUAUUACAGCCCUGCACACUAGGCGCGGUUUCGGAGCUCCGGCGCCUGGCCCUGUUAGACAUCUUGAGACCGCCGGGAUGCUGCGAGCCACCCCAGCGGGUCUCAGGCCCUCCAUAUGACCCCUCCGACUCCCUGACUCAGUUGCUUCACCGCCCCCAGUCUGAAGUCACUCGAGAGCGGCUGGUGCACAGCCCCCAGUGGCUAGACGUCAUCCUGCCGCAGCUGCCCAGCGCGCCGCGUCCAUCGUCGCCACGUGUGCCGUGUCGCGGGGAGCAGGGCUUGAUCCAGGAGACGACCGCCCCGGACUUUGUAGAUGUGGGUGCUGCGGAAGCCCCCGUUCAGGAGGGGACCCAGCGGAUGGGGGACUCGGCGACACAGGCUGGGGCCAACAAGCACGCCGGGGUGCUGUCAGGCAGUGAGGUUACAGCCCGCCACGGCGACCACAACGGCGACGGAGGAACCGGAAGGUUGCCUGUGUGCAGCAGCGCGGGCAGGACGGCAGCUCCAUUAGCGAUGGCGAUGGCGGUCCCAUGGUUCGGUGGUGUAAGGGAACGGAAAGCGCUAGAGCUGCGGAAUCUCGUACACAACAUGUCAUUGCCGGUGUCUGCCCAGGAGAAGGAUCAACCGCAGCUCAAGCAGCUUAUACCUCAUCGCAACCAGCACCACCAGCACCACCAGCACCACUAG